AUGAGGGGUAGCGUUUAUCAACUUUUGCUUUUGGCGCCUCUGGUCGCCGCCAUUACCGGACCGAGGAUAGAAAAUGACUUCGAUAGAAGCAGACAGCCGCCUCUUGGACAUACAGGCUUGAACGAUCAGCAGAGAUUCGGGGUUUCAGCUCAGAUACAGAAUUUCCAGCAGCAAUCUAAUUUGUUGAGCAGUCCAUCUCCACCACUUCAAUUUUCUCAUCCUAUAUUCCAGCAACAACCCUACGUCCCUCAAUUUAAUAAUUUACUACCAGCUCAAAACAUUCCUACCAGCCUACCAGUACAAAAUAGUAACGGUUUUCAAUUUGCCCCAUCAGUAAAUAUACCUAACAAUGGCCAACUUAAUGGUUUUCAACAACCCAACAUAGGACAGAUACAACAAAAUCGUCAAAAUAUCCAACAACCAAUUCCAACUUUGGCAGCAUUUCAAAAUAAUGGUUUGCCCCUAACAAGUUCUCAACAACCUUUUCACCAAAACCCAACAAUUCAUAGUUCAAUAGACCUCAGUCAGCAGCGACCCAGUCAAGCUUCUUUCUUACCAAAUCUAAAUUCUGGACAAAACCAGCAGUCAUUUAAUUCGCCAAAUCCUAUUACAAUUCAAGCUGCUCCAAAUUUGUCACCUCAGAAUGUAAAUAACGCACAAAUUCCAUUCCAAUCUGCAAUAAACCAAGGUCCGAUAUACAAUAACGGACAAACAUUACAACUGCAAGAAUAUUACGAACAACAAUCCAAAGAAAACCUAGAAAAGCUUAAAGAACUUCAAGAAAGGCAAAGGAUCAUUCAAAAACACCAAGAAUUUGUUCAGAAACAACAGCAGAAGCAGCAAGAAAAAGUGGAAAAACUACACGAAGAAUUUAUAAGUAAACAAGCAACGAAAACUAUACCAACUUAUACAACGACCGAAAAUUACGAAGACUAUUACAAGCGCAACCAAGAAAGACGCAGACCUUUACUGCCACAUGAAACUGACCUGUUUAGGAAAGCUGUGGAGCAAUACGAAAAGGAACAUCCAACAACAACACAAAGCACGACAACAACAUCAACGACAACGACAACAACAACAACAAGACCGCCGACGAGAUACAGAACUCGAACACCAGGCAGAACCCGAGGCCCUCCUCAAGAUAGAAAUAAGCAAAAACUAUACAAUGAGAUCAAAAAUCUACUAGAAGAGAGUGAUACCAAAGGUUUUGAUGACAAUUUAAGAGCUAAAAGUGUAGCAUUACUCCAGAAACCUGAUAUUUUGAAGCAAUUGAAAGUAGCACUAGCUGAAAAUCCAGAAGAUUUUAACGAGAAAAAUUUUUCAUCUCGAGAAAUUUCUUUGAAUGGUCAGAAAUUUGAAGUCAUUAGAACUACAAAUCCAAACCUCAUCCCUAAAGGAGCUAUAGCGGCUGAUAAUCCCGACUUAGGCAAAUUUAUAACAUCGACUAAAGAACCACAGAAAGAAAGUCAUAUAUCUUUUGACGACCUUACAAAGGAUGUUUUACCUCCGGGAGCCAAUUUUGAGUUGAUUAAGCAGGCUGACAAUGGCAAAUUAGAAGAGGUACCAAACAUACCCAAUUCGCUGCAAAAUAAAAAGAAAGUUACAUUUGUCUUCCUAGAAGAACAAGAUGAUGGUUCAUAUAAAGUAAAAGGUGUUAAAGCCAAUGGACAGCAAACCGAGGAAGGUCCUGAAGUAGAGAAUAUUUUAAACAAAAUAAAGAGAGGCGAAAUACAAUUGCCAGGACCGACUAAAAUAUCAAACGCCGGAUUUAGUUCUACCACCACAGCACCGAUUACACAGUCGACUGAUUAUAUAGCAGAGUCAUCACACCCUCCCUCGACUUACACAAGCUUCGUUACGACAUCAAACUACGGAAACUCUGGCCACACCAUCCCCGAACAAACAACGUCCGCACCAACUUAUAGGAGUUCUCUUGCAUCUGUAACGAGAUCUACGCCGAGUUAUUCACAAACGCAUCCUCCGACUACUCGUGGAACUACCACCGAGCGUUAUGUUAUCAAAUCGUCAACUCCUAAUUACAUAAUAAACAGGAGUAGUCACAUUCAUUCGUCCAGACAUUCGUUCCCGAGUACAACUAGUAAAAAUACGACCCCGGUCCAUAGAACAACACCCCAAGAUGUAGUCGUCAUAGGAUCAAGCGCUGCGACUACGGUAUCUCCGAAUUUUGAAGAAUCUACCGUCAAUUUGAGUUACAGAAAAGAUGGCACCCCUAGUCUCAUUGAUAUUUUAAAAGAAAAUGGAUUAUUUGCUACCGCCAAAUAUUUAAAACAGUCAGGACUGGAUGCAAUUUUAAAUGAAACAGGACCAUACACUAUCUUCGCGCCAACUGAUAAGGCGUUUAGAACACUAUUGGUCCAACUCGGUGGCCCUGACAGAGCCGAAGAGAAAUUCCGUGAUAAUCCUCGACUACUGAGUGGGCUUCUACUCCAUCACGUAAUUCCUGGUGCAUUCGACAUCGGGUCUUUACAAGACGAGAUGACGGGCGUGUCUCUGGCUGGCACACAGUUGCGAGUGAACCAGUACGACAUGCAUGAUGUAGAAUGGAACGAGGUGCGAGUGACUACCAUCAACGGUGCCAGAAUACUCGAAGAUAAAAAGGAUAUACAUAUUCCACAGGGGAUAGCACAUGCGGUAGAUCGUGUAAUGUUUCCGUUACCUGUGGGGGACCUCGUCCAAACGCUGCAGGCCGACCGUGAUCGACGAUUCACUACAUUCCUUAAGGCGAUACAAGCGAGCGGGUUCGCGGAUACGUUAGCAGAGAGUAAGACGUAUACAGUAUUCGCUCCAACGGACGCUGCUUUUGCCCGCCUCCCUGCAGCUGAACUCUCCAAGUACUCUGAACGAGCUGGUGCUCGAGCACUAGUGGCGCGCCACGUGCUGCCCGGCACGCUGUACAGCGCGGGAAUGAGAUACUAUCAAUUGAGGAACUCUAUGGAAGACGCUAAACCUCUCACUUUGCAAAAGAGUUCAGGUCGCAUCAAAGUGAAUAACGCUCAAGUAAUAACCCACAAUAUCCCCGCAACCAACGGAGUCAUACACGCCGUAGACACGCUGCUAUAA